AUGAGUUCAUCAAAUACAGAACCAGUAAGCAAGAUGAUCCUAGCAGCUGAUAUCGCCGAAGCGAGAAUUGCUGGUAUUGAAACUCCAGCGGAUGAUCCACGCAAGAAAGCUGAUGCAGAAAAUCAAGGCUGGCUGUCAGGAGAUCAAUUCACAAUUUCUGAAACUCCAGUAGCUCCUCUUAAUGCGGUGGUUGGUACCAAGGAAUGA